AUGGCGCAAACCCCACGAGGCCAUAGGUGCGAGGGGGCAGCUGUAACGGCCUUCGUGGCAAGCCGGAGACCGGUCGGGCAACAAGCUUGCUCUGCCUCGCCCGCCACGUUGGGUCAGAGUCCAAGUGCCGUGGAGGAUGUGCUGGAUGUAGAGAACAAGCGCAUGGCAGACAGCCUAGCCAACAAGGUCACCAGGCUGAAGUCGCUGGCUCUGGAUAUUGACAAAGAUGCUGACGAACAAAACCGUUACCUGGAUGGCAUGGAUUCAGAUUUUAUGAGUGUGACUGGCCUGCUAACCGGCAGUGUGAAGCGUUUCUCCACCAUGACGCGGUCCGGGAGGGAUAAUCGCAAGUUGCUCUGUUAUGUUUCAGCAGGACUGAUUGUUGUUUUCUUCAUCCUCUACUAUCUUGUGUCCAAAGCAGGGACUUGAGCUUGUUGUUCUGCAAGUUUUACAGAACAAAAAACAUGACGAUUGACAGACUUGUUCAACGCCUUUCUCAGUCUGCCCCUUGGUGGAGUCUUUGAGGUGUUCCAGACAGACCUUCCAAAUAACUUUUCUUUCCACCAGCUUCUUGUCAUUGUUCCGGCUGGUCUCAGACAUCUCUUUAUAAAAUGAGUAUUUGAUUCUAAACGGAUUUUGAUGUUGUUGAAUGCUUACGCCUUUAUCUCUUGCCUUGUUGUCCUUGUCUUGCGGCCUAUUUUUAAGGGCCACUUUUGUGUUACCUCCCUUACUGAUAUUCGGUACUAGGCUUGUGAGGAGAUGUAGCUGACAAAUCCGGAGACUUGUCGAUACUCAAAAGUUUAAUAAACCAGCCGAGCUUUGGAAGCU